CUUCCGGUGCGGUCGCCCCCUCUCUCUCUCUCUGUUCCGGCCCCGACCCCGGCCGCGGCCAUGCGGGUGGAGAAGUGCUACUUCUGCUCGAGCCCGGUCUACCCGGGCCACGGGGUCCUCUUCGUCCGCAACGACUGCAAGGACAAUUCGUUUGAAUUUGAGAAGCGAAGAAAUGAACCCGUGAAAUAUCAGCGAGAGCUUUGGAACAAGACAGUUGACGCCAUGAAGAGGGUAGAGGAGAUCAAACGAAAGCGUCAAGCCACUUUCAUUAUGAACAGGCUAAAGAAGGGGAAGGAACUGCAGAAAGCACAAGACAUUACGGAAGUCAAGCAGAACAUCCACCUCAUCCGGGCUCCACAGGCAGUCAAAGGCAAACAGUUGGAGGAGAAGAUGGUCCAGCAGCUGCAGGACACCAUGGAAACCGAAGAUUCUUCCUAGAGCGCUUCUUUCUCAGGGUUGUGAUUCACAGAAGCAAGUUCUUUUGUUGUUGUGUAAAGGUGUGUCCCCAUCUGUAAAAUGCCAGCUGUUGCUUGUAUCUUUUGCGUUAUAGUUUCAACAGGCCGCUCAGUUGAUGCUUUCUAAGGAGUCAUUUGUUGCACUGUGUCCAGAAGCAAAAAAAAAGUAUAGGGAGUAAAACAGCCGGCAGAAAGAGGAUGGUUUUGUACAGGGUUUCUGUGUAUCUCUGGUGUUUAUAGGCAGGGAGGUGAAUGGUAUCUCAAAUAAAGCACUGUAUAAAAAAGCAA